AUGAGGUCGAGUCCUGGGCAGGCGCGGGCAGACGGCUGCGCGAUUCGUGCGUUAGUGCGAGAGCGUGGAGAGCAGGAUAAAAAGCUUCAGGCUCUGGAUGAGGACUUUGCUAAGAUGGAAGCAAAGCUGAGUGCUGCGGUUCAGGAGAAAACGUCGCUUCUGGCAAACGUUGCGGGCCUCAAGAAGCAGCUCCUGGAACUGACGAGGACCAACAGCCUGCUGAAGUCAAAGCUGUCUGCAGAUGGCACGCAGAAGAAAAUGAGCAGCCUAUGCAUGGAGCUAAUGAAGCUCAGAAACAAGAGAUGUGCUAAGGAAAAGACUGCGCUUGCAAAGCAGGAAGACAUGGAAGCGAAGCUGCAGGAAGUGCAAAGGAAUCUAGAGCAUUCGAAAGGAAAAGCAGCACAGCUGGAAGAAAAACUCACUGUUGCAGACACAGUCGAGAAGUACAAACUGGAUGCUGCCCGGAUGGAAGAGGCGCUGCUAAAGAAAGACCAAGACAUCGAGGUCCUGAGGGAUACCCUCAGAAAAAGAGAGGAAGAAUCUUUUGAAGUGAUCAAAGGACUUAAUGAAAGGUGUCAGCUGCUUGAAGAAGAGAAAGAGAAGGAGUUAUCUGAGAGCAGAGGAAAAUUCCUGAGUAUGAAUGCUCACAUAGAAGACCUGAAAAAAAGAAUCAGGUUAGAAGAACGAGAACGCAAAAAACUGCUGCAGAAACAUGAGGAGACAGUCUCUCAGCUGCAGCAAGAGAAGGAGGCGUCUGCAGCAGCGCACCAGAAGCUACGAGAGUUUCAGCCGGAGGUAACAAGUGAGAGACGUCUUGAGGAGCUGAAUGGCACAAGGAAGGAGCUGAAUAAAUUACAUGCGAAACGGAAAAGAGCUGAAAAGCCGGUGAAGCAGCUGGAACCAGAAAUCAAA